CCUGAUGCACCGUCACGACCGCGGGAUCCAUCUAAUCCCGGAUAUCCUCUGUCUCCAGGUCGCAUCGUAUCCAUAGACACGAGGUGGCGCCACAUCCGAGCUAGGACGAAGUCGGACGAAGUUUUAUCGCUGACAGACGAAGUUUAUCGGCGACGAGCCAUCCCGUAUUCCCAUCGCCGGUGGUAGUUAAUAGUUAUUGCGCCCUGCGCCGCGCGAUCGUGGGUUCGCAGGAGGACGUGAACGCUCGACGAAGCGACGACGGCAGUGGCGGUGGCGGCAGGCAGAAGAAGAAGGAGGACGAUCGAGGACAUUUUCUCCGUCAGACGAACAAGAUCCGCGUAGCGCGCAGACAUGCAACCAAACGCAAGAGGCUUUCGCGUCCCAGCCGCCGUAACUCUACGAGACUGCAGCGUCGUCAUCGUCGGGAGUACAUGCAGAAUAUGCGGCAGAGACUUCAAAUGCGAGAGCGACGUCGCUCUGCACACGCGAUGGCGACACAAUGGAGCCAUAGGAUCGCUAAUGGACAUCCUGGAUCAUUCCGAGAUGAAUCUCGAUGGAGAGAUCAGUCAGAAAUGCGACGUGUGCGACAUGACUUUUGGAAUCGUUUCGGAUCUGAGAUUCCACAAGCGACUGAUACACAGGCAUGUGAUCAAGAACAGAGGAAAACGCCGGAAGGAGAUGGUACGCAUAAAAUUCAAACUCAACGGUGUGACCACGACAGACGUGAAUCUAGAUCGGAGAUACAUAGAACUGCCAAACAGCUUCGGGUGUUUCGUCGAUGUUUGCGAAACUUCGGAUUCCCUUAAAAAUGAAAGACGUCAAAAUGACUGCGAUGGAAAUAUCGAUUUGUCUCUCCCGAACCAUGUUGUGAACAAGAGUCACAUGCAAUACGGUAUACGGCCCCACGAAGCUGCGAAUCGAUACAUUGUAGGUAAAUUCGCGUCUACCAAAGGCGACGCGAUAGCAAGUCGCACCACCGAAGUGGGGAAGAGUCUCGUAGAGAUCUCGAAUACGCCGUACAAAGACGCAAUCCCCGUUAGCGAUAUUACGUGCCAAGGGAACAAAGAUCGUUACUAUUUCGAUUCUCAAACCUCGACGGACGUAUUUGUCAAAACUUUUUCCGAUAGCGUCCCCGAUAAAGAAAAUUCGGGAAGGGUAAACGAGUUAGAAAGAAGAAACAUAUAUUGUCAGAGCGAGAUUUUACUCGGUGACGAUGACGAUACCGAAGUUCUCGCCUGCCAAUCGAAGGCAUUCGACGAACCGACAUCUAUAUCCGAACAAAAUUCUCGGUCCAGUGAAUGUCCUCGAUAUUCUAUCAGAUGGUUUGAUAAAGUUGCAGGGACCAAAGAAACCACUGGGUUGACCAAUUCUUUAAUAGAUUCCGUGGAGAUAAUUAGUAAUAAUGGAAAGAGUUACGAUCAUAAUGCAGACGCGACGAUGCGUUUGUCUCCUUCGUUGUCUCGACUGGAUGAAAAAACCGAGUCGACGAAAGCUAAUUCGAACGUUGACGACGACGUGCAGGAAGUGCUGCGAAUAAUAAGGGGAAAUACGCAAAGUGAUAUCAAUCACGAAUCGCCUAAUCGCAUGGAAAGAGAGAUACUAGUUCAAAACGCUAUAAGCGACACAUUUACAUUGCCUUCGCAGUUGGAGCCGAAUGUUUGUCCAGAAAAAUACAGCGUCGCGUUUACGAAUUUUAAACCGUCCGAUUAUUCACCAUUUAUGACCGUGACUGAAAGCGAUUAUCAGUUUUUGGCAAAUUCGUUCGACAAAAAGCUGGGUAUUUAUUUCGAAGAUUUGCAGCAUUACGGGAUCAAGCUCUACAACGAUUUACCGGAAAUUAAUAACAACUUGGAAGAGUACUGGGUAUAUGCUCCACCGGUAUAUCCUCGGGAUACACAGCAGGAUUUCUUCGAAACGUGAAAGCAAUCGGACGAGCUGCCGUAUACCAGUGGACCGAAAGCGAAUGACAA